AUGACAUCCGAUAUCGUCUCGAAUGGUGUUGAUUGCCCAACUCCUCUCACGGCCGCCACUCCUCUCACAGACAGGGCAACCUCACCCAAUCCAAGUUCCACCAAUGUCCUGAAGUUUGGCGGAACCAGUGUUGGCAAGUUUCCACUAGACAUAGUGAAUGUGGUCAAGUCGAGCUCGGUCGACAACAAUGUCGCGAUUGUCUGCUCCGCGAGAUCGAGCAACACCAAAGCCGCGGGCACCACGAACCGUUUACUGCGAGCCGCGGCUGAAGCAGAACAUCACAGAGAAUUUAAACAUUUAAUCGAGGAGGUGCGGCAGGACCACAUUGAGACGGCCGAGUUCUACAUCAACUCAGACAAAAUCUGCUCCAGAUUAAAAGCGGAGAUCGAAGAAGAAUGUUCUUUGGUGGUACGAAUACUGGAGGCUGCCCAAACGCUGGGCGAGACCAGCCCCAGGUCAAGAGACAAGGUCAUGAGUACAGGUGAAAAAUUGAGUUGCCGGUUCAUGACCGCGUUGUUACAAGACCAAGGCGUCGACGCCGAGUAUCUCGACCUCGCAGAUGUUAUCGACUUCACAGUGCCACAUAGCCUGGAUCAGCAUUUCUACGACAAUGUGGCCAGGAGGCUUGGUGGAAGACUACACAAUAUGACCGGCAAAGUUCCUGUCAUCACAGGCUACUUUGGCGCCAUUCCGCGUGGCUUGCUUACCACUGUAGGCAGGGGGUAUACUGACCUUUGCGCCGCUUUGGUUGCUGUCGGGAUAAAGGCGAAGGAGCUGCAGAUAUGGAAGGAAGUCGAUGGCAUUUUCACCGCCGACCCCCGCAAGGUCCCUACAGCCAAGUUGAUCCCUCAAAUCAGCCCUGCAGAAGCGGCUGAACUGACCUUUUAUGGAUCUGAGGUCAUCCACCCUUCCACAAUGGACCAGGUCAUCCGCGCACGAAUACCUAUACGCAUCAAGAAUGUCAUGAAUCCAAGAGGAGGUGGCACGGUCAUCUACCCUGAUACUCCGACCGAGCUGGAAUCUGGUUUGGCGGGCCACGACCCCACGCUAUUUCGCUCACGAAGUUCGACCCUUCUUUCGGAGCAAGGGAAGCCCAAGCGUCCGACGGCGGUGACCAUGAAGCACAAGAUCCUGGUGAUGAACAUCCAUUCCAACAAACGAUCGCUCUCGCACGGCUUCUUUGCUGGCAUCUUUGCCACACUGGACAAGUGGCGAUUGUCAGUUGAUGUGAUAUCCACCAGUGAGGUCAACAUGUCCAUGGCCUUGCACUCCGAAGCACCUCUGUAUACUGGUGGAGGUCACGACGAGUACCGGAUCGUGGACCAAGAUCUGCGUGGAGCGAUUGAGGAGCUGCAACGCUAUGGCACCGUUGACAUCAUUCCCGAGAUGGCCAUUGUCAGUCUCGUCGGGAAGCAGAUGAAGAACAUGGUGGGUAUCGCGGGUAGGAUGUUCUCGACGCUCGGGGAGAACAAUGUGAACAUUGAGAUGAUAUCACAAGGUGCGAGCGAGAUCAACAUCUCGUGCGUGAUCGCAGAGCGCGAUGCGGACCGGGCGUUGAACAUUCUGCACACCAAUCUGUUCACUUUCCUAGAGUCAUGA